UGUGUGUGUGUGUGUGUGUCUGUGUGUGUCUGUGUGUGUCCACAAGAGAGAGUGAGCUCUUAUUAUUUAUCCAGGAGCAGCACCGCACACGCGCGCAGCUCUGUGUGCCUCAAGUUUACUCCCUUGAGCUCUUCCCGAGCAUUUAUUACACGCGUGUAACCAGACAAAGGGAGCGGAUGUGUGUUUUUUGUCCAUGAGGAAAAUGUGGAUGAGGUCAGAGCGAUCUGGGAAGUAAAGAGGCUUGUGUUUGGAGAGAGAUGUAUCCGCCGCACACUUGAUCUGACCACACAAAAGAAGAAGAGGUGCUCUGGAGCUGCUUACCUGUGCGUGAACACACCGUGGACAGACGGAGGCAUGUGCUGUGUUCCCGUAGCCGCAUGGGGUUUAUGAAGAAAUAACGGCUUCACGGACAGCUGCUGUAGGCCUCACCGCUAAACUCAGCCUCACUGGACACGGUCUCUCACCCACCAGGAGAAAUGGGUCUAAUUUUCGCCAAACUAUGGAGUUUCUUUUGUAAUCAAGAACACAAGGUGAUUAUUGUGGGGCUGGACAACGCUGGGAAAACCACUAUACUUUAUCAGUUUUUAAUGAAUGAGGUGGUGCACACGUCUCCUACAAUUGGCAGCAAUGUGGAGGAAAUAGUGGUGAAGAAAACCCACUUUCUGAUGUGGGAUAUUGGUGGUCAGGAGAGUCUCCGCUCUUCUUGGAACACGUACUACUCCAACACUGAGAGACCUCAUAGAUUGGACAGGCAAUCCUUGGCGAAAGAUAUAAUGGGUUGGGAACAUGACAGUUGACUUGAAUCCGCAUCUCCCAAAUGAGCAUGUUUAAAUUUUAUUUGUACAGCACUUUUUACAGUACACAUUGUUCGAAUGCCACUUUACAGAAAAAAAUAGAAGAGAAAUCUUUUUAUCUCGCUUUGAAAUAUCUUAUUCUCACUAAGGAUGCAUUUAUUUGAUAAAACAGUAAAAACAAUAAAUUGUGAAAAAAU